GGAAGUGCAAGCGAAGUGCAAGCGGCUGCGCCAUGGCGCGAGUGUGGCAGCACCCAUUCCUCAACGUCUUCAGACAAUUCAAGGUGGACGAGUGGAAGCGGUCCACUAAGGAGGGUGACGUGGCCACAGUGAUGGACAAGACCCUAAAGUGCACUGUGUAUCGUAUUAGAGGCACUGUCUCCGCCAGCAAUUACAUCCAGCUCCCCAAAACCAGCACGCAGUCCCUGGGGCUGACAGGACGAUACCUGUACUUGCUUUUCCGACCCCUGUCCACCAAGCACUUCGUCAUCCACCUGGACUUGUCCACCGAGGAGAGCCAGGUCAUCCGUGUAUCCCUUUCCAACCUCUUCAAGGAAUUCAAGUCUACAGCCACGUGGCUUCAAUUCCCCUUUAUUUGUGAAGGGACAUCCAGGAAAGACCUGGCAGGUGUGGCUCCCCCUGGUGCCCGCUGGACCUGCCUGCAGCUGGACCUGCACGACAUCCUCCUUGUGUACCUGAACCGGCGCUACAACCAUCUCAAGGGUGUCCGGCUGUGUGCCAGCCUGCUGGUCCGAAGCCUCUACACCAGCGAUCUGUGCUUCGACCCAGCUGUCACUGUCGCCGAGGCCCGGCGGGCAAAGCUGCCUGUCACCCCCAUGCCUCGAGAAAUGGCAUUUCCAGUGCCAAAGGGGGAGAACUGGCACGACCACUACAUUCACAUCCGGUUUCCAAGCGACAGCCCAGCAGCGCCCUCCAAGCUGGUUCAGAGGAACUGUUCCCCUCCUGAGGCAGACUUCCCGAGACACGUGCCACAGCUUCUCCCUCGCCCAGUGCCCUUCGGCAAGUCCAGACAGGACAGCGUGUCCCCUGGGGUUCAGGUGCUUGGCCCCGCAGCUUCUGGGCAGGCCUCCCUGGGGCUCCCUCCAGAGGAUGGCCUGUCCUCUGAAUGCUCGGAAGUCUCCAUCGGGGGUGGCUCCAGGGUCCAUAGACGAGAGCCGUCGGCCAGCACGAAGACCACUGACAAGCAUGCUGCUGGCAGUGGCCUUCCGGUGUCUGUUUGUAACUUGGCUGUGGUGCCCAAGGCCCCAGAGGAUGCGACCAAGCAUGAGAGCCUCCUGCCAGAUCCUGUCCUGAGGCUCAAGAGAGUCAUUGGCUUCGGGGGCCACAGCACUAAAUGGGCCCUGUGGACCAAGGAUGGGGCUGCUGUCGUGUACCCUUGCCAUGCGAUCAUUGUGGUCCUGUGCAUUGACACCCGGGAGCAGUGCUUCUUCCUCGGCCACACAGACAAGGUCUCUGCCCUGGCAUUGGAUGGGAGCAACUCUCUGCUGGCCUCAGCCCAGGCACGCCCCCACAGCAUGCUGCGCCUCUGGGACUUCCAGACCAGGAGCUGCCUGUCCCUGUUCCGGAGCCCUGUCCACACUGUCUGCUCCCUCAGCUUCUCCGACAGUGGGGCACUACUCUGCUGCAUUGGCAAGGACCACCACGGGAAGAUGAUGGUGGUGGCGUGGGGCACUGACCAGGUGGGGCAAGGCGGUGAGGCCGUCAUUCUCGCAAAGGCAAACACCGACGUUGACAUCCAGGCUUUUGAGAUUGCCUUUUUUAAUGAAACCAGGAUGGCAUCAUGCGGGCGGGGCAAUGUGCGGCUGUGGCGGCUUCGAGGUGGGGGCCUGUGCUCCUGCCCUGUGGACCUGGGGGAGCAUCACGCACUAGAGUUCACUGACCUGGCCUUUGGGAAGGCCCAGGAUGGCCACACGCUCUACGUUUGCAGCCGUAGUGGUCACAUCCUGGAGAUCGACCACCAGCGCAUGGCUGUGCGGCGCGCUCGCUACCUCCUGCCCACGGAGACUCCCAGUAGCCCCCUCCCACAGAAGCAGUUCUUCAGCUUGGGCCCCGGCAUCGCCAUCAGCAGCCUCAGCGUCUCCCAGGCUGAGUGUGCGGUGGGCUCGGAGGACGGCUACCUGCGCCUCUGGCCCCUGGACUUCUCCUCUGUGCUCCUGGAGGCAGAGCAUGAGGGCCCCAUCAGCUCAGUCCGACUCAGCCCCGAUGGCUUGCGUGUGCUGUCCACCACCUCCUCGGGCCAUCUGGGCUUCCUGGACAUCCCCUCCCGGGAGUAUAAUGUGCUGGUGCGCUCCCACACUGCCCUGGUGCUGGCCCUCGCCACCGAGUGCAACCGGGGACAGCUGGCCACCGUGUCCCAGGACCACACUGUCCGAGUCUGGGAUCUGGCGACCCUGCAGCAGCUCUACGACUUCACGUCGCCUGAGGAAGCGCCAUGUGCAGUCGCCUUCCAUCCCACGCAGCCAGUCUUCUUCUGCGGCUUCAGCAGUGGGGCCGUCCGCUCCUUCAGCCUGGAGGCCACCAGGGUCCUGGUGGAACACAGGUGUCACCAAGGAGCUAUCACCAGCCUGGUCACCAGCCCCGAUGGCAGCCUCUUGUUCAGUGCCUGCUCUCAGGGCACCCUGGCCCAGUACCACUGCGCUGCCACUUGCUGCCGCGUCCUGCGUGUUGCAGCUAACGUGGUGUGCCGGGAUGCCCUCCCACGUCCCAGCGCCGUGGCAGUCAGUGGGGACAGCCGCUUGCUGGCCUUCAUGGGUCCCUUUAAGUACAUGGUGACCAUCAUGGACGCAGCCUCACUGGAUGAGCUGCUACGGAUUGAUGUCAGUGCCCUGGACCUGGCCAGCAGCGGCCUGGACUCAGCCGUGGCUGUCUGCUUCAGCCCCGCCCCCCGCAGCCACCUGCUGGUGUCCUUGUCAUCCAACAAGGUGGUGGUGCUGGACGCCAUAUCGGGCCGCAUGGUUCGAGAGUUUUGUGAUGUGCACCCCGUGGCCUGCUCCGCCCUGGCUCUCAGCGGGGAUGCCCGCUUGCUGCUGACAGCUGCCGACCGUGCCAUCAAGGUGUGGGACUACUUAACGCAGUCCAACCCCAGCUGCCAGGUGUACAUUGGCCACUCAGAGCCCGUGCAGGCUGUGGCCUUCACCCCUGACCAGCAGCAUUUCCUCAGCGUGGGAGAUGCCAUCUUCCUCUGGGACAUCCUGGCCUCCCCUGAGAGGUCGCCCCCCGAAAGCAUCCCAGGCUCCCCCGGGCCCCCCCCAACCAAUGAGGCUGUGAGUGGUCGCACCACAGUGGAAGGCCCAAAUGCAAGACAGCAGGAGGAUGUGUUGUCCGGGACCGAUGGGCUCCCUCGGUGUCAGGUGCCCGUGCCAUCCCAGGCAGCCCCACCCCAGCUGAGCAUCUGUGCUGGGCCCUUAGAGGCCGGCGAUGGCACUUUCUCUGUGUCAGAUGAAGGACCCUCUGAGGAGAGCCACAGCCCUGAGGGGCUCUGCCAGGCCGCAGGCCCACCCAUGCUGGUGCAGAAGGAGGCCUGUGGGGCUGGAGACGGGGCCGCAGGGGGCCCUUGGGACCUCAGCGUGCUGCCCCACCCCCAUGGCCAGCCUAGUAAGCAAGGUGCCUGGAGCAUCAGGAGAGCCAGGACCCAGCCCACUGCCCGCCCGGACGCCUACAAACACUUCACAGCACGCUACAAAGCCUCCCCGAUGGCCAAGAAUGUUUCCUCCCCGCCUGCCGGGGCCGAGUGGCUGCACCUGAAGGCUGUUGUGGGCUACAACGGGAAUGGGCGGGCCAACGUGAUCUGGAGGCCAGACACAGGCUUCUUUGCCUACACCUGCGGCUGCCUGGUGGUAGUGGAGGACCUGCACUCCGGCUCCCAGCAGCACUGGCUCGGCCACUCCGAGGAGAUCUCCACACUGGCUCUCAGCCACGACGCCCAGGUCCUGGCCUCUGCCUCUGGGAGUAGUGGUGCCGCCUCGGGCUGCCAGAUCCGCAUCUGGGAUGUGCCUGGGGGUUCCUGCCAGCAGCUCCUUUCUCACCACCGCACCGCUGUGCAAGCCCUAGCUUUCUCACGGGAUGAUCGGCUCCUUGUCACACUAGGGGACUACGGUGACCGAACCCUGGCCCUGUGGAGCAUGGCCACCUAUGAGCUCGUUUCGUCUACCCACCUCCCGGAGCCGGUCCACGACGUGGCCUUCAACCCCUGGGGUGCCGGUGAGCUCGCCUGCGUGGGCCAGGGCGCCCUCACCUUGUGGCUCCUGCAGCAGCGCGGGCCCGACAUCAGCCUCCAGGUGCACCGAGAGCCCGUCCCCGAGACGGUGGGGGCGGGCGAGCUGACGUCCCUGUGCUACGGGGCCGAGCCCCUGCUGUACUGCGGCUCCAACGCCGGCCAGGUCUGUGUCUGGGACACGAGUGCCAGCCGAUGCUUCCUGGCCUGGGAGGCUGACGACGGUGAGAUCGGAGUGCUGCUGUGCUCGGGGUCGCGGCUGGUCAGCGGCAGCAACACCAGGCGCCUGCGUCUGUGGGCCGUGGGAGCCGUGCCAGAGCUGAGGCGCAAGGGCUCCGGAGCCAGGUCCAGCUCUGUGUUCCUGGAGCGCGAGCUGACCCUGGACGGGGCCAUCGUGAGCGCUGUCUUCCACGAUAGCAUGGACAUGGGUGUGGUGGGCACCACAGCGGGCACGCUCUGGUAUGUCAGCUGGGCCGAGGGCACCAGUACCCGCCUCAUCAGCGGCCACAGAAGCAAGGUGAACGAGGUGGUCUUCAGCCCCAGCGAGUCCCACUGUGCCACGUGUGGAGACGAUGGGAGUGUGAGGGUGUGGUCCUUGUCCAGCAUGGAGCUGGUAAUCCAGUUCCAGGUGCUGAACCAGAGUUGCCUCUGCUUGGCUUGGAGCCCCCCGUCCUGUGGGCGCCCAGAACAGCAGCACGUGGCGGCAGGUUAUAGUGAUGGCACAUUGCGUGUGUUCAACAUCUCCCGAAUCUCCAUGGAGCUCAAGAUGCAUCCACACCUGGCUGCAUUGACGGCCAUCGCCUUCUCUGCUGACGGUCAGACCAUCAUCUCUGGAGACAAGAAUGGGCUUGUGGCUGUGAGCCAGCCACGCACAGGUCUGACCUUCCGUAUACUGAGUGACCACCGGGGCGCUCCCAUCUCUACCAUCCAGAGCACGAGCAAGGAGAAUGGAGCCUUCGGGGUGGAGGGGACAGACUUGUGGUUGGCCGCCAGCGGGGACCAGCGGGUCAGCAUCUGGGCCUCCAACUGGCUGCGGGACUGCUGUGAGCUUGUGGACUGGCUGAGCUUCCCGGCACCAAUCCUCAUGGAGGCUUCAGACUGCCCUCCACCCUCCCUCGCUGCCUUCUGUCCCUGGGAUAGGACGCUGCUGGUGUGUGCAGGCCUCGGCCCACAUCCAGAGGUGGUCUUUUACGGCCUCUGCCAGAAGCAGGUGGUGAAGAAGAUCCCACUGCCUUUCUUUGCUGUGUCCCUGAGUCUGUCCCCCAGGGCCCACUUCAUGGCCAUUGGCUUUGCUGAGCGUGUGCUGAGGCUGGUGGACUGUGUGUCAGGGGCCGCGCAAGACUUUGCUGGCCACGACGACUGGGUACAGCUCUGUAGGUUCGCCCCAUCUGCCAGCCUGCUCUUCACGGCGGCCCACAACGAGAUCUUGGUGUGGGAGGUCACAGACUGCUGAGCUGCACUGGGGACCUUGGCGUCAGCUGUGCUGUCCCGGUCACACUGGGCACCUGGCCUGGCCAGAGGCUCUCCUGAGAAGCCGGGUUAGUGGAGAACCCCGUGCUAGGCAGGAUGGCUGGGUAGGCUCAGUCCCUUCAUACUGGAUGGGCUCAGGACUCUCUGUAUGUAAAUUACCAAGACCCCAAACAUGUGUAAAGCGCUUGUUGGCACCUGAGUGCUUUUCUAUGUUUCUACCUGUACAUUUGAAAUAAACGUGGGUGUUGC